AUGCCACCUCGAUACUAUUCCCGCCCACACCUCUCCAACAUAAUAAAACUAGAACCAAUGGAAGAACCCUGGUGCGCCGGGUUCGCCCAUUCCCAAGGCCGCCGCUGCCACAACCGCACAAACGCCCGAAGCCGGAAAGCAGCGGCGUCCCUUCUCGACGAAGGCACCAGGGACCUCCACCAGGGGUUCUCCAUCGACGACGUCCUCGAGGACCUAGCACCCCUCGUAUUAUGCAAGCAGACAAAGAGCCACCAGGCCCAGGCACCGGAGCUUGUCAGGACGUGGCAGCGCCGCGUGCAGAGGUUUGAGCGUUCUUACAAUACGCCUCCGCCCGUUGCUUCUCAGCCUCGACGUACUACUACGUCCACAUCCACGCCCGCAUCUCCGUCGGCCCGACGAACUAGCAGUGGACAGCAGGAACUUGGGCCUGGGCAUCUCGAAAGGAGGCUCCAUGAUAUUUCUGUAGAGCUUGAGCGGCUGACAGCCACUGUCUCGGCGACAGAGUCGAGGUUUCAGAAUUUGACUUCGAGGUUGUAUGAGCAAGCUGGUGCACCUUCUGGAUCUGUUCGCCCAGCCGGUGGUGUUGAUGCAAACACUACUAGCGAUGGCAGUGUGAACUCCCGAGAUACAUCGAGCACGAGGCCGUCCCGCACGACAGUGUCGAGUCCAGUGGCAAUAAGAUCUAGGUCGAUAAGCCCUGCGUCAACAAGCAUAACGUCACCUUUGGAUGUCGUGCCUCGUCAUGCUAGAACAACAGCCCAUAUCACUCUGCCCUCCUCUCGCGCGGGCGACGCUACCCGUCGAUCGAUCGAGGGUGAGUGUGGUAUUUGUCUGAAUCCACUGCUAAGGACUCGGUCUCGCAAUGGUUCUAGCUCUGGUGAUGAAGUAGAGGAUGCUGAUACUGAGGAAGAUACGGACUCUGAUUAUGAGGAAAGUGAGGAGGAAAGUGAGGAGGAAAGUGAGGAGGAAAGUGAGGAAGAAAGUGAGGAAGAUACGGACUCUGAUUAUGAGGAAAGUGAGGAGGAAAUCGAGGAAAUCGAGGAUUACGAAGGGUUGACCUGGUGCAAAGCCCAAUGUGGAGUCAACUACCACACGGAGUGCAUUGAGCAAUGGCUGCGGGAGUCUAGACAUCGGAAUUGUCCAACUUGUCGGAGCGGGUGGAUUGAGUAG